GCCAGGGGAGGGACGGAGGGAACGGACUGAGCUUGAGGAACAGCUACGGAAGCUAUGGCAGGGCAAGCUUUUAGAAAGUUUCUUCCCCUCCUUGACCGAGUUUUGGUUGAAAGGAGUGCAGCUGAGACUGUUACCAAAGGAGGUAUUAUGCUUCCAGAAAAAUCUCAAGGAAAAGUAUUACAUGCAACGGUGGUAGCUGUUGGAUCAGGAUCUAAAGGAAAGAGUGGAGAAAUUCAACCAGUUAGCGUGAAAGUGGGAGAUAAAGUUCUUCUUCCAGAAUAUGGUGGAACCAAAGUAGUUAUAGAAGACAAGGACUAUUUCUUAUUUAGAGAUAGUGACAUUCUGGGGAAAUACGUGGACUGAAAUCACUAAUAAAGUGGCGUCAUGAAAGUUGCCCAUUCCGCUGAAGUUCUGAAAUCUAUUGUUUCAUCAUGUAAAUAAUUUCCAGGUCUCUUGUUUUAUAAUAAAUGGAUCUCUUGUGUCUCUAAAAUCUAAUUUCUCUGCAUCGAUAUGAACAUUUCCAAAUAAAAAGAUGUAAAAAUGAAUGGUAAACUA